UCCUAUUACAAGGUUUACUGGGACUUGACCAUGCUGCUUCUGAUGGUUGGUAACCUCAUCAUCAUCCCUGUGGGUAUCACAUUCUUUAAGGACGAGCACACGCCCCCCUGGAUUGUGUUCAACGUGGUCUCCGACACGUUCUUCCUCAUGGACCUUGUGCUCAACUUUAGGACAGGUAUUGUCAAGGAGGACAACACAGAGAUCAUCUUGGAUCCACAGCAGAUCAAGAUCAAGUACCUGCGGAGCUGGUUCGUGGUGGAUUUCAUCUCCUCUAUACCUGUGGAUUACAUUUUCCUCAUUGUGGAGACACGAAUUGACUCUGAUUUUUACAAGACGGCUCGCGCCUUGCGCAUUGUUCGCUUUACCAAGAUUCUCAGCUUGCUGCGACUCUUGCGCCUCUCUCGGCUCAUUCGCUACAUCCACCAGUGGGAAGAGAUCUUCCACAUGACCUAUGACCUAGCCAGCGCCAUGGUGAGAAUAGUCAACCUGAUCGGCAUGAUGUUGCUGUUGUGUCACUGGGAUGGCUGCCUGCAGUUCCUGGUUCCUAUGCUGCAGGACUUCCCCGCUGACUGCUGGGUGUCCAAAAAUAAAAUGGUGAAUGACACUUGGGGACAACAGUAUUCCUACGCACUUUUCAAAGCAAUGAGCCACAUGCUCUGUAUCGGAUACGGCAUGUACCCCCCGGUGGGCAUGACGGACGUAUGGCUGACCAUCCUCAGCAUGAUUGUGGGUGCUACCUGCUACGCCAUGUUUGUAGGCCAUGCAACUGCACUAAUCCAAUCUCUCGACUCGUCCAGACGGCAAUAUCAGGAGAAGUACAAACAGGUGGAGCAGUACAUGUCCUUCCACAAACUGCCAGCAGAUAUGAGGCAGAGGAUCCAUGACUACUAUGAGCACCGUUACCAAGGCAAAAUGUUUGAUGAGGAAAGCAUCCUGGGGGAGCUUAAUGAGCCGCUCCGAGAGGAAAUUAUCAACUUUAACUGUCGAAAACUGGUGGCUUCCAUGCCUCUGUUUGCCAAUGCUGACCCUAACUUCGUCACCUCCAUGCUCACCAAGUUGAGGUUUGAGGUCUUCCAACCUGGCGAUUACAUCAUUAGGGAGGGAACCAUCGGCAAGAAAAUGUACUUUAUCCAGCACGGUGUGGUCAGUGUACUAACCAAAGGCAAUAAGGAGACGAAGCUGUCGGAUGGCUCCUACUUUGGGGAAAUUUGUUUGCUGACGAGAGGCAGAAGGACGGCCAGCGUCCGAGCAGACACCUACUGCCGUCUGUACUCUCUGUCUGUGGACAACUUCAACGAGGUGCUGGAGGAGUAUCCAAUGAUGAGGAGAGCUUUUGAAACUGUGGCCUUAGACAGGCUGGACCGUAUUGGCAAGAAAAACUCCAUUCUGCAGCAUAAAGUUCAACAUGAUCUGAGCUCUGGUGUACUCAACUACCAGGAAAAUGAGAUCAUCCAACAGAUUGUGCAACAUGACAGGGAUAUGGCUCACUGUGCACACCUCAUGCAGAAUGCCCCACCUCAGACACCUCCCUCACCUACCCCUGUCAUCUGGGCACCAUUGAUCCAAGCACCUCUCCAGGCUGCAGCAGCAACCACCUCAGUAGCAAUUGCCUUGACACACCAUCCCCAUCUCCCACCAACACUUUUCAGACCUUCACUUUCUGUUAUGGGGUCUUUAAAGGAGCCAUCCAGCCGAUUUAAGAAGUUUCAAACAUUUGUUCCUUCAUCUGCGGGCCCUGGCUCUACUGGAAACUCUUCCUCGAGUACACCAUCUAAAAUCUGCACUGGAGCUGACAUGCCAUUACUGGCCUCUUUUCGGGCCCAGUACAUGACAUCUGGCUCAGGUGCAACUGGGUCAAGCCAGCAGGUCUCUAGCAGUGAAGGCCAAUGUGGAUCUACAAGGGCUGAGUCUGGCUGCACUGUAGUAGGAGCCUCUGCUUUCUCCUUUGGACCAUACUCUUCCUCUGGUUCCCCCACAACAAGUAUGGCCCAGCUGCAUCCACAACCACAGCAUCAGGAGCCAUUUCGUUCCAGCACCCCCCCUCUCUCAAAUCUUGUUCACCAAGGAUCAAGUGGAAGUACAGGGUCAGGAAUAAGUGGUGGAGCAGUUGGAGCCUGUGGUGGUGCUACAGACUGGUCUUCAGGUGGAGCAGAUGGAGGUGCUAGUGAAGUUACUGGCGAAGGAGACACAGGGUGGGCUGGAGAAGACUUUACAUCAGGUGUGACAGAAGUGGCUUCUGGUGGACACUUUGCAAUGGGAAGAGCUAUUGAUAGAUUAGUAAGACAGACCUCACAGGAAGCACUGCCUGAGAACUCAGUGGGAGGUGCUUGUGGUAGGACAUUAGGUGAAAUUUCAGUUGGAUCAAUGGGGGGAUUUAUCUGUGGUUCAGUGGGAGAUGGAACAAGACGGUCAAUGGGAAAGGCUUCAAGAGUAGCAAUAGUCAGAGAAUCUGGAGGUUCUUUUGGUGGUGCUUUUGGAGAAACAACCACUGAAGGAUCAUUGGGAAGAGUUUGUGGUGGAGUCAAAGGACAGAUAUGUGGAGGGUUGACUGGAGGAAGCCAUGUAGCAUCAGUGGGGAGGGUUUCAGGAGACUCAGUGGCACUGAAUGCAGGAAGGGCAACUGUGGGAUCAGGAUCAAGCCAUAUAGGAGGACCUUUCAGUGGGCCAGUGGGAGGGGCGAUUGGAGGACAUCUUCUUAAAGCUACAGGAGCCACUGUGGUGGGUCAUAUAGGAGGGUCUGCAACCUGUGCUACAGGGACUGCUUCAGGUGGAAUUGCAACUGGACUAAAUCGUUCCUCUCAUUGUCAGAGUCCUCUGUCUGUGGGGUUGGCCGGCUCUAUUCCUGGGCAGCUUCUUCAUAGUCAGCCAUCUGCCAAGCCUCCCCAGGUAGGGCCUUUGCAACAGUUUGCUGUGGGAGGCAGGACUACUAGUGGCUUGAAUAUCUUACAUUCCCCUCCACAAGGGUCCCCAUCGUCUAGCAAAACACAGCAGAGUGAACAACCUGGUGAUGGAUCCCCAUCUUCCCUUGGACGUUUCAGCCUGGUAGGUGUCCCUUCUAGCUUCCUCCCUCACCAGCUGUCUCUGGAGAAAUCUGCUCUGUCCUCCCUUACACAAUAUGGCUCAGCAAAUGUCUCCCCCUGCCUUACUCCUGUGGCACCUAGCCCCACUACUCAAAGCCCAAUUGCAGGCAGGAAUUUUCACUACAGUGACCCUUCUAGUACAACAGGAUCCCACAGUUCUCUUUUCAUGCCUCAGUCAUCUGUUGCUUCACAGCUUCCCAGUCAGCCACAUGCAACAGGGAGGGAUUCACCACUCUGCCGCUUGUCUGAGGACCUAAAGCUUUUAUCCAGCUCCCAGCCAUCUUUACCACAGGAGGUAGCACAGUCCUUUGGCCACCAAACUCUUUGUUCCUCUGUUGAAACUGGAUAUUACCACUCACCCUUUUCCUCACCCACCCUUUUGCCCAAACCUUGUAGCUCAGUGCCAGGGCACAUGACAUCUUCAAUCCAGAUGUCUCCAGGGCAUACUCACCAGACUCAAUCUCCUGGGGACUCCCCGACCUUGCCUUUGCAGAGAGACCCUGCUGUCUUCUCAUCAGACCGAGAACCUCAAACUGUCCGCUCCAAACUCCCUUCCAAUUUGUGAGGAUUGAUCACACCCUCCUGUGCUCCUCUGAACUAAAACACAGAAAACUGUCUCCAUUUUUCUUUAUUUCAGUCUUCAGACUUCACUGUGCCCCACCUCUCAUUUUACCAAAUGUUAAAUUUACUGUGAUUUUAAAGACACUUUUUUCAUGAGUGCUAGAACACCCUAUAUUCAUUUUAUAGUUGUUUUUUUUAUCUAUAUAUACUGUGUAUAGAUAGAAAUAUAUUUAAACAGUAACUUAAUCAAGGAACUAGGAGGGUGUGAAACUAUCAAAACGGACAGUCUUUUUUUAUUUAUAUUACUAUGCCAAAUUCAUCUGGUGAUAUUUGAGAGACAAUUCAAGGGACUAUAUAAUAAUACUCUGCAGGAUCCUAUGCACUAAUACCCGCAUGUACAGUGUAAUAGCUUUUGUGUGUUCAAAAUAUUCUACCUUUUUGGGUAAAACAACAUGCUUUGAGGGUGUUAUACCAUCUCACUGAGGAUCACGUUUGUUGGUCCUCCAAUGUAUCUAUCAGACUCUACUUAUUUAUCUUCUCUAUCAUUUUUGAAAACC